AUGGCCAACUUCCGGCCGGUUAUGUCCAUCAUUGCAGCUUCAUUAACAGUGCUUGUAUUAUUGCAAUUAUUUUCAGUUGGCCAGAGCUACGGUAGUCCAUUCGGAUUUGACACUAAAAGCACGUGGAAGGGCAGAGCGGACGAGGUCAUUUUGGAUGACAGUGUAUUUCUCCUAGGUGCAGGAAAGGCUGAUAUCACUGGACCUGUCGUGGAGAUACCUUUCAAUGGCUAUGCCAGUUCAAAUCAGCUCGGAACUGGUCUUCGGCAGAGGAUUCAUUCUCGCGCGUUUAUCAUAGCGAACCCAAACAACCCCGCGGAUACCUUCAUCUAUAUUGUCCUUGACGCUCAGUCUGGUGAUACUGCUGUGCGGAAUGGGGUUCUUCAGGGCCUUGCUGCACUUGGGGGAGAAUAUGUACGAUAUGGUGAGCGCAAUCUGGCGCUUACUGGGACGCAUUCCCAUUCGGGACCUGGUGCCUGGAUGAAUUAUCUCCUUCCACAAAUUCCCAGCAAAGGAUUUGACAAACAGAGCUACCAGGCACUUGUUGACGGUGCUAUCCUGUCCAUUCAACGAGCCCACGAAAGCUUGGCACCUGGGCGCCUGAGCUUCGGUUCCAUCGACGUCGAAGAUGCCAAUAGUAAUAGAAGUCCUUAUUCCUACGAGGCCAAUCCGGAAGAAGAAAAGGCACGGUAUUCAGCCAACGUGGAUAAGACGAUGACGCUUCUAAGGUUCGAUAGGGAAUCAGACAAUAGAACAACCGCUAUCCUGACAUUCUUUCCGGUUCACGGCACAUCGAUGUAUAAUAAUAACACUCUAGUAACUGGGGACAACAAAGGUGUCGCCGAGUGGCUUUUUGAGCGAAGUGUUCGGAACGACACAAGGUUUGCCGAUGAAUUUAUUGCCGGGUUUUCGCAAUCAAACGUCGGCGAUACAACACCAAAUACAUUGGGGGCAUGGUGCGAGGAUGGCUCUGGAGAGAAAUGUCGCUAUGAGGAUAGCACCUGUGGAGGUAAAACGCAACCCUGUCGCGGUCGUGGACCGUAUUUCCGAGAGAAAGAUGAAGGUGCCAAAAGCUGUUUCGAGAUUGGGAGACUUCAGUAUGCUGCCGCCAAGGAGUUAUAUGACCAAAUGGACACCGAAGCGACUGAGGUUGUUGGGAAUUCCAAUGUCAACUCCUUUCAUGUCUACCAGGAUAUCUCUGGUUAUAGCUUCCCAUCGCCAUUUAACGGCAGUAUCCUCAACACAUGUUCUGCUGCCCUGGGGUUCUCCUUUGCUGGUGGAACAACCGAUGGCCCAGGGGCUUUUGAUUUUACCCAAAACAACACUGGGCCAGCCAAGUCCAAUCCGCUAUGGUAUGUUGCGCGUGCUUUCAUACACCAGCCGUCACAAGAGCAGAUGGCAUGCCAGGCACCCAAGGACGUGCUCCUGGAUGUAGGAGACGUGAAUCUGCCGUAUUCAUGGACACCAAACAUUGUGGACAUCCAAGUCCUCCGGGUGGGCCAGCUGCUGGUAAUCGUCUCAACCAGUGAAGCAACAACUAUGUCAGGGCGGCGUUGGAAGGAGGCUAUUGCUAAGCAUUCAGUGGACGUUUUGUCAGUUGCGGACCCUCUCGUGGUGUUAGGUGCGCCCUCGAAUAGCUAUGCUCAUUACGUUGCCACCGAGGAGGAAUAUAGCGUGCAGCGCUACGAGGGUGCGUCAACUCUCUACGGGCCAAACACGCUCGCAGCAUACGUCAAUCUGACCCUCACGUAUCUACCGUAUCUCGGUGACUCGUCCAAGGUGGCCCGCCUGCCAAGUAUCCCCUUUGGACCAACGCCUCCUGUCAAUACCAAUGUAUCGUUGAAUUUCAUACCGUCAGUCGUGUUCGACAAUGCUCCAUUUGGCAAGUCCUUUGGCGAUGUGAUCUUGUCGCCGGAAAAAGCCACCUAUGGGCCUGGUGAUGUGGUAAAUACCACAUUCGUAGGCGCCAAUCCACGAAAUAAUCUUCGCCUCGAAUCAACUUUUGCAACCGUUGAGAGGCAGAACCCCGAAUCGGGCGCCUGGGAAGUGGUGCGUACUGAUAGCGACUGGAACCUCUUGUACCGCUGGGAGAGAACGAGCAGCGUGCUGGGACACAGCGAAGUGACUCUACAGUGGCAUAUAGAGGAUGAUUAUUACAAUACUGGGAAUGCGGAGACCCUGAAAGACGGAACCUACCGCAUGCACUAUUACGGGGACUACAAGAGCGUCCUGGGAAAUAUCAAGUCCUUUGAGGGAAUAGGAGGGGCAUUUAAAGUCGCAGCGCACUCAUCAUGA